CUAAAUCGCAGCCAGAGCCCAGUCAGAUUAGAGAGUGAGCUCGCCUCUAAUCCGUCGCAUUCGAAGCACAGCUUCGCCUCAUCACUGGUGUGUGUGUGUGCAUGUGCUUGGUUUGGCUUGCCCCGCGUGUGUGUGUGUGUAUGCGUGUGUGUAUGUGUGUGUGUCUCUUUCUAUAGGCCGCUAUACAGACUCUCUCUCUCUUUGGCUCACGCUCACGCAGGUCUUACGGUCCUCCAUGUUUGCAGUGGGACCCUGUGGCUAGAAAUUGACACACUCUCGCCAAAUAUCCAAGCUGAUUUUUUUGGUCUUGAUUCCGACUUCCGGUCCGAAUUUGACAUUAUUCGAUUUUUCUUGGAGGUUUACGUCAACGUUGAGUUGAAAAGGGAUCGUGUGGCGCCGGAGCAAGGGCGGUCGAUCUCUGCUGCUUGUUCUUCUUCUUCUUCUUCUUUGAGUUGUGCGAGUCAUUUCGACGACGACGCAACAAGCUCCUCCCUCUCCGUCAGCCGUUUCAUCCGGCAGAGGCCCACAAACUCCCAUCGCCGGUCGACUCUCUCUCUCCUCGCGUCUUGCCCGCGCGCGUUUGCCUGUACAAGAGUAGCUACUGUUGACUGCUGCUCCAGUUCUAUACUUGCUACACUCUUUGGCUGCUGCCUGACCGUCAAGGCGCAAUCCCGCUUAAUUCCGGCCGUGAGGGGGGCUUUGUGGGUGAGUUGAACCCGAGAUUCCGACCCAAAGAUCCACCGAAAAGCUUUUCGAGGGUCUUAUUUCUAAAGUCCUUCUUGAUCGGCAUUGAAUUGCUGCUGCGUGCUUCUACAUCACUACUCUUGAAUCCCGACCGACCACACACACAGCACAGCACACCGAACUAAAGGAGGAAAGAGAGAGAACAAUAAAGUCGACGAGAAACAAAAAAAACAAAACAAUCUUUCACACCAAUCCCCCACCCCCUACAAAACAAGAAGAAGAAAGAGAUUUAGAUCCUUGUGGCGGCUCUAAGUGCAACUGUUUCCUUCUUCUUCUUCUUCUUUUUUGUUUUUCCUUUUUGUUUUGUUGGAAAAGCGACUGCGUCGUGAUGGAACUGGCAAAUAAUUCUUCAAACGGCGGCGGAGGUGGCGGCAACUUGACGUCCGACCCGUCGUUGUGCCUCCAAGAUUUGGUGGCCGGAGUCGGAGGUGGCGGAUCGGUGGAUCAUCACCGGUCCAUCCCGGUCUCGUACGCUCAACACGCGCCGGCCCAUCACCACCACCACCAGCUGAGCCAUCACCAUCACCUGCAGAGCAUCCAGCACCACCAUCACCAGCUCCAUCAUCACCACCUGACGGGUGCGGGCGUUCACCAGGGCGCCGAGUCGUCGCUGGAUCUCAACCAGCACCAUGUCCUGAAUCCUCCGCACCAUCACUCGGCCGCCGCCCGUCAUCUGUCGGCCGCUAUGAACGGCGGCGAAGUCCCGUCCUUCAUGACGUCCACCUCGUCGUCGCCGUUCCUCUCGGCCGGAUCCGGACACCACCACCAUCAUCAUCCCCAGCAUCUGAUGGUGACCGCAGCGGCCGCAGCGGCCGCCGCCAAUCACUCCCGGAGGCCCAUUCAAAGCGGAUCGCUAGGAGGUCCCGCGCCUACCGCAGCCUCCGGAUCGUCAAUCGACAAAAUCAAACGUGAGGUGGAUAAGAGCGGCGGAUCAGCGGGACUGCAGCACCAGCACCACCACCAUCAUCAGCAGCAGCAGUCGCAACAGCAGCAGCAGCCCUCACAUUUGGUGGCCGAUUCCAACGAGCAGACGGCGGUGGCCUCGGGAGCCGAGGAGACGGACAAGGAUGGGCGCAAGACGAGCAAACGCCAAAGACGCCAGAGGACUCACUUCACCUCGCAGCAACUGCAAGAGCUGGAGGCCACUUUUACUCGCAAUCGCUAUCCGGACAUGAGCACCCGCGAAGAGAUUGCCAUGUGGACAAACCUGACCGAACCCAGAGUUAGGGUUUGGUUCAAAAAUCGCCGGGCUAAAUGGAGGAAACGGGAGCGCAACGCCAUGAACGCGGCUGCUGCCGCCGCUGCCGACUUCAAGUCGUCGUUCACUCCGCAAUUCAACGGCCUGAUGCAGCCGUUCGGAUCGGCCGCAGCGGACGAAGCGGCUCUCUACGCCGCCGGCUACGCUCCGCCGACGUACAACAGCUGGGCCGGCAAAGUGCCGAGUCCCUUGGCCGGCACGGCCAAAAAUUUCCCGUGGGGGCUCAACUCGGUGAACAUGUCGCCGCUGAGCGCGGCCGGAUUCAAUCCGGUGGCUCCCGUCAGUCAAAUGGUCAACAGCAGCGCCAUCGGAAUGUCGACGAUGGCCACCAUGUCCAACUCUUUGGGAAUGGCUAGUCAGGCAGCUGGACCUUGCAUGCAGCACUACAGCAGCCCGUCCAACCACUACGCAUCCUACCGGGACCAGUGCGGACCUCCGCCGCCGCCUCCCCCGUCGGUGACUCCGUCGACCGCCGCCCCGACGUCGGCCAGCUCGGCGGCCUUGCGCUUCAACAGCAACAAGUCCAACAACAGCAACAGCGUUGCCAAAACGAGCAGCAACAGCAGCUCGAGCAGCAGCACGAGCAGCAGCGGGAGCGGGAGCAGCAACGGCUCUGCCGGCCUGCUCUCCGGCUACGGCCAGCCGGGCAGUCCACGUUCGAAUGCCGCCAUGACGGCCUGCCAAUACGCAGGCGCUGACCGCUCACCUGUCUAAAUCCAAAUUCUUAUUCAACAUAAUCCAGUCGGUAAAAUUCGCGAUUGUUUGUGGAGGGGGAAAAAAAAUGAAUAAGGAUUUUUGAAUUUUCUAAAUUUGACUCGGUCAUUUUUAAUGGAUUAAACCUAUAUACUUCUUUCUUUAUUAGUCAUAUAAUAGAGAAUCGAAGUUUCUGUAACGGUCAUAUCCAAUCAACUAUAAAGGCUGUACAUACACGUAGCUCUCCUCGUCUACACCCUCUCCUCCCCCCUCCCUCCUCCUGGCACCUGCGUUUGAUAUUGUUUUCUGUAUGUAGAAAAAAUCUGCCAUGCAAAUGCGUUGUGAAUUUUCUGAAUGAAGCGUAUUUCAUCGUGCAACUAAAAAAAAACAAUUCCCGUGCAAUUGAGUGUCUAUACAUUUAAAAUACGUUUUUUUUUAGAAGCAUAACCAUUAUGGCUGUAUUUUGACCGACUUGUCUUGUCAAUCGUUUCGUUUUGUAAUAGUUUUCCCUUCGACCUGAUUUCAUUUUUUCUCCUUAUAAAACGAAAAUCAGAAAAAAGCAAACAAAAACAAAUAAUAAUAAUAAUAAUAAUAAUAAUAAAAACUAUCGCAUGUCUAAUCAUAUGAUAUCGACCUCUUCGAUCGUUUUAUGAUAUAUGCAGUCCUACAAUGCUGCGCAAAUGCAAAAAAACAAAAAACUAAAAAAUAACACAAAAAAUAUAACUGUCCAUUAUUUCAUCGUAUUUGAAUGACGAAAAAUAAUAAAAUCCAUUCGGAAACCAA